AUGCCCUACACAUUUGACUGGCUUAGCAAGGAGGUGGUUAAAAAGCUUCAAGGAAGAGAUCUGAGGCCUGUCAAAAGCCUGGCAGAUGCAACCAAAUUCCGCCUGUUUUACAUACUUCAGGAGACUUCUCCCUGGUUGGCUUUCAAAACUGAAUAUAUUCCAGUUGAAUUUACCCUUCUGGAUGUCUUGGAGCCCAAUUUUCCUGUUCCAGAGCCUGAAGUGUCAGCUCCCAUCCCCCUCAAACACACCGUAUCUCAGAAACUGAAGGCAAAUGUGGAUGUCGAACCCAUUGCAGGAGGAGAUGCAGGGUUUGUUAAGUCUGGUGGAUACGACAUUGAGGUUCAGAGUAUGAGCAUCCCAAAUAAAAAACUGGAAAGUCUUCAAAACAGGAAACUGUUGGAUAAGUUGCCAUCGUAUAUGAAAAAUUGCUGUAUUGAAGGAAAGAACCUGUAUGUGGUAACAGAAGCCUAUGAAGUGACCAAGGAUACUGUUUUGGAAGGCAAAUGCAGUGUCAAUAUUUUAGGCAAAGGGUCCAUCAAACAGCUUUUCAAGGUACAAGAUGGGGACAAGAAAGCUAAGAGAACGGAUUCAAUACCUAUCCUAAAGGGUUCAGUGUUGGCCUACAAGAAGCAGCAACUGGUCAUCGAGGAUAACACUUGUGCCAUUCUCCCUUCUGCCAAUGCUAAGAAGAAGAUGACCUUUGCAAACAGACCUAUGUAUUUAUCUGGACACUUUGAAAUACUAAGACAUCAUGAGGAAAUCAUUAGGAUAGGCUCAAGGAUAGAAUACAUCUCUCCGAUUGGAACAAUAGAGGAGCCCACCCAUCUAGAUUUCCAGUGCCUACAAAAUGAAGUUUCCCAAAAAACAAUGCUACUGGCUGAGCUCUCAAAGGAUGUUCAAGAAGUUGUGUUCUCCAGUUUCCUGCACAUGCUUUGUGAAGGUGACAGUGAGGUUCUAUAUGACCUGAUGAAAAUGCUGGAGUUGAAUCAGUUGGAGCAUAUGGAUGGUCCAGGUGGCAAAAUCCUGGAAGAGCUGCAAAAGGACAGGAGCCCUUCAUGGAUUGACCUAAAGGACCUCAUUCUUAAUCUCCUUCAAGCCCUGAUGGUGCUGAGCAAUACCCAACUCAGUCUGCUGGCUCAGUCUGUGGAGAUGCGGCUCCUCCUGCAGCAACAAGAGCUGGUAAAGAGCAUCCUCCAGCCAAACUACAAGUAUCCAUGGCACAUUCCCUUCACACUGCAGCCUCAGCUUCUUGCCCCACUCCAGGGUGAGGGCUUGGCCAUUACUUAUGAAUUGCUGGAGGAGUGUGGUCUGAAGAUGGAGCUGAAUAACCCCAGGUCAACUUGGCAUUUGGAAGUCAAGAUGCCCCUGUCUGCUCUCUAUGCAAGCCUGUCACUUUUACAGCAACUUUCAGAAGCCUAA